ACGGACGUAAACAGCCAUUUGUAGCCGACUUGAAAGCUAGACAACGAAUUAAUAGUUCACGUAAUUGCUGAAUUGCUAUACAUAAAUUGAAGAACAAAGCCCGAAAUUCUGUCAGUACACACAGUGACUUCAGGAUGGUAAUGCGAUUCAGAUCUCAAAGGAAUUAUCCUUCUCGACUUCUUUCCAACGACGAAGCUGGCCAAUUGGAUCAGCUUAUUGGUACCCACUACAAGAGUACUGUUACCACAGUGGUUCAAAUGUUUUGCCCUGAACCUCCUGAGUAUACCCAGUGGAUGAAAAAAGAUUGUGGAGUUCUGUGUCUAAUCACAAACACGACGGGCACCCAGAAUCACUGGCUGAAAAUCUAUUGUCUGGUGCGCCGAGAAGUGAUUUGGGAGCACAAGCUUCAUGACGACCUUAUCUAUCACGCACCUACACCCUAUUUCCACACAAUCACGACUAGCGACAAUACUCAAAUUGGUCUGAAUUUCGCCGACGAAGAUGAAGCUGCCAUUUUCCUCAAAACUGCCAGAGCUUAUCUAGUGCGAAACAAAGCAUUAACAAGAAGCGGUCUGUGUAAGGGUGACAUCAGUUUACCAACAAAUUUUCGGGUUAUAAGUCACAUCGGCUGGGACAGACGGAGAGGAUUCGUCCUGUAUAAUGUUGAUAACCAAUUGUUUCACACAUUCUUGGCCGGCUUUUGCAAUCGAUCGUCAACCCACAAUCAGGUGCAAAAGGACAAUCGCCAACGUGCACAGUACAGCAGUUUCAAAAGAAGGACAAUUACAAAAAGCGACAUUAGCUUGCCUAUUGAUGCCGAAGUGAUCAAGCGAAAUAAUGGAAUGGAACAACGAAACACGAUAUAAUUGUACAGCGUAUGAAUAUUUGAGCUCUUCAUUUAAUGACUAGAUUGCGACAAUCAGCCGAAUUAAAUUUCAAUACUCUGUUCAAAGAGGAAUGUUAAUUACACAAAACUAAACUAAA